AUGAACCUGGAGGGCGGCAGCCGAGGCGGCGAGUUCGGCAUGAGCUCCGUGAGCUGCGGCAACGGGAAGCUCCGCCAGUGGCUCAUCGACCAGAUCGACAGCGGCAAGUACCCGGGGCUGGUGUGGGAGAACGAGGAGAAGAGCAUCUUCCGCAUCCCCUGGAAGCACGCGGGCAAGCAGGACUACAACCGCGAGGAGGACGCCGCGCUCUUCAAGGCUUGGGCACUGUUUAAAGGGAAGUUUCGAGAAGGCAUCGACAAGCCAGACCCUCCCACCUGGAAGACACGCCUGCGGUGUGCUCUGAACAAGAGCAACGACUUCGAGGAGCUGGUGGAGCGGAGCCAGCUGGACAUCUCGGACCCCUACAAAGUGUACCGGAUCGUCCCCGAGGGAGCCAAGAAAGGAGCAAAGCAGCUGACCAUGGAGGACCCGCAGAUGCAGAUGAGCCACCCGUACAGCAUGCCGACCCCUUACGCCUCGCUGCCUGCCCAGCAGGUUCACAACUACAUGAUCCCGCCCCAUGACCGGGGCUGGAGGGAGUUCGUCCCGGACCAGCCGCACGCAGAGAUCCCGUAUCAGUGUCCCGUGACCUUCGGACCCCGCGGCCACCACUGGCAAAGCCCAGCCUGUGAAAAUGGUUGCCAGGUCACAGGAACCUUUUAUGCUUGUGCCCCGCCUGAGUCCCAGGCCCCCGGGAUCCCCAUAGAGCCAAGCAUAAGGUCUGCUGAAGCUUUGGCCCUCUCAGACUGCCGGCUCCACAUCUGCCUGUACUACCGGGAAAUCCUGGUCAAGGAGCUGACCACGUCCAGCCCCGAGGGCUGCCGGAUCUCCCACGGCCACACCUACGACGCCAGCAGCCUGGACCAGGUCCUCUUUCCCUACCCGGAGGACAACAGCCAGAGGAAGAACAUCGAGAAGCUGCUCGGCCACUUGGAGAGGGGCGUGGUCCUCUGGAUGGCCCCCGAUGGGCUCUAUGCCAAGAGACUCUGCCAGAGCAGGAUCUACUGGGACGGGCCCCUGGCGAUACCCAGCGACCGGCCCAACAAGCUGGAGAGAGACCAGACCUGCAAGCUGUUUGACACGCAGCAGUUCCUAUCAGAGCUGCAGGCGUUCGCGCACCACGGCCGGCCACUGCCGAGGUUCCAGGUGACUCUGUGCUUCGGGGAGGAGUUCCCAGACCCUCAGAGGCAGCGCAAGCUCAUCACUGCCCACGUUGAACCUCUGCUAGCCAGACAGCUGUAUUAUUUUGCCCAGCAAAACAGCGGACACUUCCUCAGAGGCUACGACCUGCCCGAGCACGUCGGUGGCCCGGAAGACUUCCACAGGCCCCCGAGACACUCCUCCAUCCAGGAGUGA